ACGUGGAAGCCUUGGACGGAAGCCACAGUCAGCGGGCAACCCUCCGCCGCCAAGUCCGAACACACCCAAAGUAAACAACAUGGGUUACCAGCGGCAGGACGUGGCUCUGUUCUCUUGUCUCGUCCUCCUGGCAGCCCUAUGCACUGCAGGCUGUGCUGGGGAAGACUUCUACAGCUUCUCCGUCAAGGACCACCAGGGGCAGGACGUGGCACUGGAGUCCUACAGAGGGAAGGUUACUCUGGUGGUGAAUGUUGCUAGUUUAUGUGGCUACACAGAGACCACAUACCGAGCCCUCAAGAAGCUGCAUGACAUUCUUGGUUAUGGUGGCCACUUCUCAGUGCUGGCUUUCCCAUGCAAUCAGUUUGGUGAUCAGGAGCCACUUGACAUCGAAGACAUACUGGAACAUGUCACCUCAGAGUAUGAGGUGGAGUUCCCAGUAUUCAACAAGAUCGAUGUGGUGGGACCAAACGCUGACCCAGCCUUCAGACAACUCAUUGAGGAUUCAUCCAUUGUGCCGGACUGGAACUUCUACAAAUACUUGGUGAAUGGGUCUGGCCGGGUGGUAGGGGCUUGGGGCACCCGCGUCACCAUAGAGGAAAUCUUUGAUGAGGUCCAGGCUGAGGUGAAGAAGGCGAAGGAAGCAGCAUCACCUGACAAGAAAGAAGCAUCGCCAGUUGAAGGUGGUGGCAAAGAUGAACUCUAGUGGCUUUAGGUAACUGCUAGUGGCUUGCCUUCUGAGAUUCAUGUGUACACUGGGUUUAGAGGUACUUAAUACUUACAUGUACUAACAUAUGUUUAUGUAGUAAUGGUGUGAGGAUGUAGUAAGUACAUUAUUGGGAGGCUAGUAGUUGUGGCCUUAUUGUGACGGCUCUAACCUUUCGUACUUUGAUAUUACUCUCAUCUCGUCUCAAAGAAUCUCAAUUUGACAUGGUAAGCAGUCACGUUUUGUCUUCCGUGUUGUUCCUUGUAUGUGAAUGUGGACGCAGUAUACAUAUUUUUCUCAUGGGCUUUUGUUGACUUGUUUUCUCCAGGCUUUUGCCAGCUUGGUGCUGUGUGUUAAGGGUAAUUUUUAUAUAAAAUAAAUUAUAUUGCAUUUUGUUAACUUCUAUAGAUUAUAUUUUUUACUUGUUAGCUGUCACAAUUAUAUCUAAGCUAGAUCAACUUGGUAAUGAUAACUGUCAUUAUUUUUGUAUGAAUUACAGAUUAGAGUUUUUUGUAUGAAACUUAAUGUUUUAAAUAAGAGUCUAUCGACUAAGUUAACAAGAAUUGCACAUCAUUUGAAGCUCAAGUGGUUUAAAUUCUUCAUGAGUGUGUGAAGAAUGGGUGCUAUGAGUGAUAGGAUCAUGUGAAGAGAGUCCUGGUCCAUCACUCAACAGUCUCAUGUUGUGUCAUGUAAUGUUAUAGCAAUGGGAAGUUGGUGACUUGAGGUGCUUGCCUCAGCCUGUAGAUUGCAAGUUCAGUCCUGGCUCAGAGCAGUGUCCCAUUUGAUGCAGUGUUGUCUCCUAACCCUGACCAGCAAUACAUUACCUGGUUGUUUUGUUGCCAUGACUCCCAUUUCCAGUGUUACAGAUCUUGAUAUUUUUAUGUGCUACAAGUUUUUCAAGAAAAACUGGACCAAGACUGUCAUACCAAGUGAUAUUUUUGCACAAAUUAAGUGUUUUAGUGUCCAUAGUAAUAGAACCAUUCAGUGUUCAUGAAAUAUAAGCUAAAAUGCUGCAACUGAUCAUACUGCUGUUUGUUCCAUUGUUGUCCCUCGACUUGAGAAUGUCAGUGAAUUUAUGAUUUUAUGAAUCUAGCAGGCUUCUAGAGUUCAUACUGAAUGCAUCAUAAUGCAGUCUUGCCUGGUGUGAGUGGCAGUGUUAAUCACAAACACAGCAUUCCACUAAGUGUGAUUGUUGCUAAGAUUGCAUUGUGCAAGAUUUAAUUUUGGAAGAAUAAGAUUAAAUACACUUCUGAGUAUAUUUACUAAGAGGUACUUUGUUUCUUUAAACACUGAACACUGCUUCAUGAAGA